AAGCAACUGGCUAGAGUUAGCUAGGAAAGAUUGAAUCCAUUUCCCUCGCAGGCGUGAUGGGCCAGACAGCAUGCAUGGAAUCGUGCCGAGAUGCAAGGUCCGGCGAGACACAGAGCUGUCACGCCGUGGAUGACCACGAGAAGGCUUUGCCACGGCUGCUGGGACUCAAGGAAGACUCGCGCGAAGUGGAGAAGUCAUCUGCAAAAGAUGUUGCCAAGGAGAACGAUGCACAGAGUCAAGGAGUAGCGGAAGUUGCGGUGGACGAAGCUGCUGUCGACCCCGUGCUUCAGGCACAUGCUGUCGGCAUGGAGUCUGGAACGUCGAUGGGGGCGUCAACAGAAGAGCUGAAGGUGGAAGGUCAAAGCAGCAAGAAUCAGCGUAAACUGGAGAGGACCGAAGCGAGGAAGCAAGUUCUUCCGUUUCUCCUGCAGAACGGCUUCCAAACUGUCAAGUCGAAAAAGACUUUUUUGUGGAGGUCAUGCUACCCUCUUCACGUGGCUGUAAAGAAGAAAGACAUCGAAUCGGUGCAGCUUCUACUUAAAGCAGGUGCAGAUCCGCAGAAGUUGAACCAUCGUUCGGAAACGGCGCGGCAGCUUGCUGAGCGUUUGAACAGGUCCGGGUCGCACCAAGAGAUCAUUGACUUGCUGCAAGGUGCCAAGGUGCGGCGGCGAAAGUCCGGUUCUUCGACUGACAUGGAGUCAAAGGCUCAGCAGGCGAGAUCCAGCACAACCUCCCUGGAGAUAACUCCAAGAGGUGUGUGAGCUGCAAACUUGUAAAGCCAAGAUGCAGCUGAAUUCUGGGUGGCUCUAUAUUGCCCUUUGCUCGUAGCAAUAAUUCAGCACUUAUGCGAGUUUUGUAGUGACCAGUGGACCAGUGACCAAUAUGACUUGGUCAAACACAGUGCAAAGCACGCCACACCGCCGUCCGCUCCAAUUUGCGAGCUGAAGUCGGCCUCUAGGGC